AGGCUGCCGGAGGGGAGCACGCCGUGCUGCCGCCGCGGGCACGGGCCACGCGCGCGCACGGGCCACGUUGUGCGUCGGGAGGUGUAACCCGAGGCCGCGAUUUAAAGAAGGCAACACGCACGCACAGACGCACGCGCGCACACACACACACACGCACAAAUCCAGGCCGGGCUUUCGCGGCUCACCUUGGGAAGAUCCCCGACGUCAGCCUGCUGGAACCGCGCGAUCCAGGAACCUUUCCAGCGAAGGCGCCCGCCGAGCCGCGCGAAGAAUCAUCCUCAUAAUAGCAAUAAUAAAUACGUAUUCAGCGCUGCCACUGCUGCUGAUCCCUGCACCAUCAUGAAUGGGACGCUGAACAACCUGCACGACCACGCGCUGAACGAGGAGGACGGCGCGUUCAUGUUUACUUCGGAGUCCGUGGGAGAAGGGCACCCAGACAAGAUAUGUGAUCAGAUCAGCGAUGCUGUACUUGAUGCGCACCUGGAGCAAGACCCAAAUGCCAAGGUUGCUUGUGAGACGGUGUGCAAGACAGGGAUGGUGCUGCUCUGCGGGGAGAUCACGUCCAGCGCCGUGGUGGAUUACCAGCAGGUGGUCCGAGACACCAUUCAGAACAUCGGCUAUGAUGACUCAGCGAAAGGCUUCGACUACAAGACCUGCAAUGUUCUUGUCGCAUUGGAACAACAGUCGCCCGAUAUUGCCCAGGGUGUCCAUCUGCACAGGAGUGAAGAGGAAGUUGGAGCCGGGGACCAGGGCCUGAUGUUUGGCUACGCAACGGACGAGACGGAAGAAUGCAUGCCCCUAACCAUCAUGCUUGCGCACAAACUGAAUGCCAAAAUGGCAGAGCUGCGGCGGAGCCGGAUCCUCCCUUGGCUUAGGCCUGACUCCAAAACCCAGAUCACAGUUCAGUACAUUCAGAAAGACGGCGCUGUUAUCCCAGUGCGCGUCCACACCAUCGUCAUCUCCGUGCAGCACGACGAAACAAUCUCUCUGGACGCCAUGCGCAAAGCCCUGCACGAGCACGUUAUCAGGCCUGUGGUUCCAGUCAAGUACCUGGAUGACAAUACGGUUUAUCACCUGCAGCCCAGCGGCCGGUUUGUCAUCGGUGGGCCGCAGGGCGACGCUGGAGUGACUGGCCGGAAGAUCAUCGUGGACACUUACGGCGGAUGGGGAGCUCACGGAGGCGGAGCUUUUUCCGGCAAAGACUACACGAAAGUGGAUCGGUCGGCAGCGUACGCGGCCCGCUGGGUUGCAAAAUCCUUGGUGAAAGCGGGACUCUGCCGCCGUAUCCUGGUCCAAGUUGCCUAUGCCAUCGGCGUGGCUGAACCGCUCUCCGUCUCGCUGUUCACUUACGGUACUUCCACAAAACCCGAGCAGGAGCUGCUGAACAUCGUCCACCAGAACUUCGACCUUCGCCCAGGAGCCAUCGUCAAGGACCUGGAUUUAAAGAAGCCCAUCUAUCAGAAGACUGCCUGCUACGGUCACUUCGGAAGAAGUGAAUUCACUUGGGAAGUUCCCAAGAAAUUGGCCUUUUAGCCAUCCUGGGGCCAGCUGGAAGGAAUAGGCAUUCCGUGGCAGAGGGUGCUUCCGCUGACCAUCCUCCUCUAAGCUGAGAAAAUGGAGCAAGUUCCUUUCAUGGAAAUCAACACUGUUUCGUGCUUCCACACCCACGCACAUGCAGACGAUAAAAAGUCCAGUUGGAUACCGCUAUCCUUGGUCCCGGCAGCUGCUAUUUUUUGGUACCAGUGAGAAAGACAACUUGGAACUCGGGCCCACAAUGAAAUAAUGGAGUGCUUGCCUAUGACCUGACCCUUCUUCCACCCUCUCGUAAUGUCUGUGUGAGAAGAAAAUAUUCUCAGUAUUUUCAAUAAUCUUCCUCACUGCAAUUGGACAGUUAAAGAGUCCUGGUUCUAGUCUUCUGCCCAAGAUGGUGGUGGAAACAGUUCCCAGGCUCUUGGUACAGAGAAGGAUAAUUAACCUGUGCCUGAGUCUUACCUUAUCAGAAGCGUUUUUUCAGGCUUUUAAGCUUCCUUCCACCUGUCAGUUUCUUUUUCUUUCCUUUCUUUUUCCUUUCCCAACUUUCUGCUUUUUAGUAGCCUUCCAACAAACACUUUAGAUGGGUGCCUUUUAUGUACAAGUUUACAUAUCGGUAAAGUUGCUGGAGCCCGAUCUAGGCAGGGCUACAUUAUCUAUAAUAGGCUUUAAAAUGAAAUAUCCAACAGCAACCCCAAACUGUUGCUUGCAAGCCACACGCCUCCGCCAAGGGCCAAGCUAUUGGGACUACAUGGAAUGUUCACAAGCAUUCCAACAGCUCAGAGGAAAGUGGUCAGUGGUGGAGCUGGUGUAAUAGUGUCACUUUCGCAAGGGAAGUAAGACGUCAAUUGGGGAUGGUGAGCUGUGUGAAAUUGGGAAGAAGCGGGGUAACUGAGGGAGGCCAAGGGAUAGGAAAUGGAGUGGAAAGAGGGUGCAGAAGCGGGAUAGCCAACAGGGGUAAGGCAGAUGAAAUGGGAGGCUGGACGGGAAAGAGCAACAGCAAUGGGGAAAUAUAAGAAGAAUGAUUUGAGGACAAAGAGACGAGGUGGAGCGUCGAUGCUAUACUAGUCCAGAAUAAAAAAGAAUCAAAGGUGAGCGUGCUGGGGUGGAGGGUGAUUCAGUGAUGGGUGGGGGCGAAGGAUGACAAGCGUCGUCUGUGCAAUGAAGUGUGCCAUUUAAAAGUGCUGGCCCAUCCGGGGGUGGGGGCCAUUUGGACUUUCUUCUGGCAGCAAAUGCUUGGGGUCGGCACUGGAUGCAGGAGAUUUACCUGCAAUGGGGGAGAUCGGCAGGGGCGCUCAGGCUACUUGGGGAUGCUGGGCCAGGGAGCCAAAGGGGUGGGGAGUGGGGUGGGGAAACUUUCUGGGAGGGUUGACUAUGCAGAUCGAGUUGUAAAGAGGCCUAGCAAGCACUCGCUCCCCCAAACAGUGAUGCACUUUUUAAAAGGAUAAUCCUCUAUAUAGACAAUUUUGUUUUGCAGCAUGGGAUCUAAAAGGAACAGAAACUGUGGAAUAGGCAGUGGCAGUUUUGUGAUUCAGCACUUCAGACUCUUCUCUCAGUAUCUUACUUUACUAUGUAAAGCUUUACACACUCUUGAUGGUGCUAUAUAAAUUAUUAUUAAUAAUGCUUGGCUGAGAGCUCUCAGCGCCUGAAUCCAGUUGGAGCAUCAUGAAUGCGUCUUCGUUCGCAGUGCUGUAAUUCACCCUGGGAAACUGAAGACCCUCGCAGUGCCUUUGUAACAGAGCCCAGUGGUUUGUUUCACACCAAUCCUGUCCUCUCCCGUGUCAGUGUAACAGUGGUCUGCAUGUCAAAAGGAACUUCCUAGAGUGCUCUUCUACUUGUAGUGAUAGGCUUGGAAAUCAUGUGCUUUUUGUCACAGAUAUUGGAACUUUAUCUUUUGAAUACCAAAGAGGCAGAGAGAGCUGACUUUUAAUUUUAGAUUCCUGACUUGUGUUUGUAAUAGCAAUGAGGAGGCAAUGACUGAACUUUCCAGUAGAUGGCAGUAAAACCCACACUUGGUUUAGCAGGUUUUAGUUAAGUCAUGGAAAACGGGGUUUUAGUCUUAUUCACAAUCACCAGGGACCAGCAGCUUAAAAACAAUGCAGCCUGGAUUACUUGCUGAAGAACUGGGGAGCUCUAUUCUAAUAACAAUAUAUGGGGUGUUUUGCUUUUAAAGUGGGGGCUGAUUAAAGUUAAAUGAACUUUUUGGAAAAUUCUGUUUUUACCAGCUGAGGGGAAUUAAUUGGUGCCUGAACAUCUGAGAAACUUUCGAAGUAGUUCAGCUGGCAACAUUGAUCAUUUAAAGAGAAUUCAUAUGGUUUCCUAUCUGGGGUGAAAUUUUGGGGAAGUCCGUUGCUGCAAGGCCUCACAGGGCAACCCUUUUUAGAUACAGGUGAAGGAAGAAUUACAGCCUUAAAUUAAUUUAAUAUCAUUAACCUCAUUUUUAAAAAGGGGGAACCUCUCACGAUUCCUUCCCUUACCACCAGUUUUAUCUCCUUUUAUUAUAGCAGCUUUCCCCGGCUGCCCUACAGACCUGUUAGGUUACAAUUCCUAGCAUCCCCAGGCAGCAUCCCAACAGUGAGGGAUGAUGGGGGUUGUAGGUGGAAGCAUCUGAAUGGCCAAAAGUUGUCUCUGCCUGUCUUAAACUCAGAUGUUUCUGCUUCUGCUUAUUUUCUGCUUCCCCUUAUUUCCCCCAAACCCUUUAUUUAAAACUCUGUUCUGCAGGUGCUCUCCCAGCUCUGACUCCAUGCAUUUUUCUUUCCCACUUGAACAAGCCGAAAAAAUGGGAGCUGAAAUGGGCUCCCAAGUGAUCUGGGAAGUUUGAAAAUGGUGGUCGGGGGUGUGGUCUCACAUCCAGGCUGUUCUCCACGGCUCACCCCAAUCUCACCCAGGUGUCAGUGGCCUGGACUUGCUGGUGAAACGGCAAAGGAUGGGGGUGUGUGGACAAUUACGAGGUGGCAGUGGUCCAUUUAAAAUGUGCCCCUCGGCUUUCUUUCCUGGAGAUGUUGCCAGGGGAACAGAAGCUUUCAAAGCAGUCUGCUUAGCUGUGUAAGAGGAAAGGGGGCACGCUUCCAAAGUGAGGCAGGUAAGGCGUGAAGGGGCAGAACCCGAAUGGGGAGAUGCAGCCAGCAAGCAGGUGCCUUCGCUUGCCAGACAGAGGAUUCUCGGGCAGUUGAGAGCAACCUCCGUGGAAUCCUGGAAUAGUUGUUUUGGAAGGGGCCACUGUGGCCACUGGGCCCAGACCCCGCCCAAGGUAGGACUCCAUGCUCAAGCAUGAUGAGUGCAAUAGGAUAACGCUUCCCAGGAAGAUGCUAGAAAUAUAGGGAGAAAGGCGCAAAGGAGGCAAAAUGAUGCCCAAAUUUUGUGUGUUAGAUGGCGACUCCAUCUUGCCAAGGAAAGUAGCACCCUUUCCCCAAGUGCUUUCCACAAUUUUACAGCCGAGGAGCUGUUUGCUUGAUGUGAUCGGGCAGCUGGUGGCUUCUAUAAGCCGCUGAGAAUGGCAUCCCACUUCUGCUGGAUGGGUGGGCAAGCUGCCGAGCGGAGGGGAAGCUAGGGAGAAGUUUUGCUGUUCAAGUCUACCUAAACCUUGAGAAUUUUCCCACUGAUACUGUUCCAAAAUUGAGGCAAUAUUGACACACACACCCCUUCUCUCUUUUGGGAUGGAACUGUCUUGACUCUGUCGAACUGGUCCAUUGUACUGACAACCAGUUUGGACAAAGCUUUCUGUUCAAAUAAAUUCUGUAUCAUGGA